UGGAGAGGGACAAGCCAUUGGCAUCAGCUUGAAUGGCAACGAAUGAAUCCAUUGGCACUAUCCAUCUUUAGAAGGUAGCUAGCUAGCUACUAGUAGGCUCAUUAUAUGUUUGGUCUUCAUUGAUCCCUAAAAAAAUUGAGCGUCUAUUUUAAUUAAAACGGAUUCCGAUAAAAAGUGCUUGAGGACGACCAACGAGCCAAGGCCCGCGUGUUUCCCACAGUCAAGUCUGCUCACCGGCCACACUUGCCUCCUGACAGGGUGUGACGCCUUUUGGUUAUCUCUAGAAGAUCUCUCAGCUACAUAUUCAUAGCUAUCAUAGCUAGAUCAGGAAAGCUGCAUCCUUGCUACCAUGACUCUUUUCUCCCUCUUUUUGGCACUGACCAGCUUCAGCUUGAGUUUGAGUUUUCACACUGUGGACUCCUUCUCGCUCCACAGGACAAGGACAGUCAGUGUCAGUCCACUCAUCAGCAAGAGCAGGACUGCUCUUUUCUUUUCUCCUGAUGACCACCAGAGCAAUGCCCCACCAGUACAACCACGCCGUUCCAUCGUGGCUGGGAAUUGGAAGCUGAAUCCAGCCACGCUCACGGAAGCUACCACUCUGCUACGUCUGCUCAAGGCCAACUUUGAAAAUCAUCGAGAUGCCAGUAGUGCCACGGAAGUGGUGGUCUUUCCUCCAUUUCCAUUCUUGGGUGUUGCCGUGCAAGAAUUGCAAGGCACGGGCAUUCAAGUGGGCUGUCAGACGAUUGGGACUCACGAACAGGGAGCAUUUACCGGAGAAGUGGCACCCUCCAUGAUUCAAUCCAUGGGUGUCACAUAUGUCAUGUUGGGACAUUCCGAACGACGCACGCUGUUUGGAGAAUCCGACACGGCGGUCAAUAACAAACUCCAAUUGUGUUUGGCACAACGAGGCCUGCAAGUCAUUCUCUGUGUCGGAGAAACACUGCAAGAGUAUGAAACCAAUCUGCUGGCGUCCGUGGUCGAUGUCCAGCUCAAAAAGGCACUCGUGGGAGUGUCAAGUCAAGACGUCCUGGAACGCAUUGUGGUGGCGUACGAACCCGUUUGGGCCAUUGGAACGGGAAAAACUGCCACUCCCAGUCAAGCUCAAGCGGCACACGAGGCCGUGAGAGCCACAUUGACGGCACUUUAUGGCUCGCAUGUAGCACAAGGUGUCCGCAUUCAAUACGGUGGAAGUGUCACGCCUGACAAUAUUGAUGCCCUCAUGGCACAACCCGAUGUCGAUGGAGCCCUCGUAGGAGGAGCGUCUCUGACGGCCGAUUCUUUUACGCGGAUUGUCGAUGGAGGAAUAAGGGCUGCUAGUGCUACUAGUAGUGCGUAUGCACCACCUCCCGUUGAAUUGACCGCCACCGAAGUGGUGCCCUGUGCCAAUGUCCUGGGAGAAUCCCCCGUUUGGUCCGUGCGGGAUCAAGCACUCUACUGGAUCUCAGCACCCGAAGGAGAACUGUGGACUUGGAAGUAUCACGGCGACAACAAUCAGCACAAUCGUAAUGAACCUCCUUAUCGACGACUGAUUGGAACGACACUGGGAUGUACGGCAUUGCUCGAAGGGGAGCCCCAUGCGGUGCUGCUUGCCGGCGAAUCCGCCUUUAUGAAAAUGACCAUGAAAGCCGACAGUGGAGAUUUUGCCUCCUCGUCGUCGUGCACUGCAACCAAUUUCCUCUGUGAACGACCCGAACAAGAUCAAGCCACCCGCCCCAACGAUGGACGGGUCGAUCGACAACAACGAAUGGUAUUUGGCAUGUACAACAAUUAUCAUCGGGAAGGAUCCUCGGCGGGAGAAAACAACUGCGGACUUUAUCGACUCGAUGCCAAUCUACAAUUGGAAUCGUUGCUCGACUACAAGUAUCGCGUUUCCAACUGCAUUUGCUUCCCCGCUAGUGGCGACACGAUAUUCUUUUGUGAUACUCCCACCCGCAAAGUAUACGCGUUUGAUUAUCCCGUAUUGACGAAUCGACGAGAAAUUUGGACCAUGCCCAGUGAGUGGCCCGGUGGUCCCGAUGGAGCGCAAGUCGAUGCCGACGGGUGUAUUUGGAUGGCAUUGAGUGGAGCGCAUCGGGUGGUAAGGGUCAAUCCCGACACGGGGCACAUGGAUUUUGUCGUUCAUUUGCCGGUAUCAUCACCGACUUCGUGUACGUUUGGAGGACCCAAUCUCGAUGAACUGUUCAUUACCACGCGAAAACCCGAUGGAGGAGGACUCUUUCGCGUCAAAAUGCCAUUUGGCAUUCGAGGAUUGCCUGAACCAGAGUUUCGAGUCAACAACAAUAACAACAAUAACCUUGUUGGGCAAGAACAAACUACUACUCAACCAACAGCAGCAGCAGUUGCUGUCAGCAGUGACAAUGUGAUGCAGGAGGAGGGCAACGCAAACGUUCAGCCGGCGGCAGGCAACACUGCCGCAACUUAUGCCAGUAUGGCAGCAGCGUACAAGCAAAUGACAAAUAAUGGACAAUAAAAGCGACAUUUGACCCACGCAGUUGACUCGACAGAGGACAGGGAACAGAAGACCGCUCAGAAAACUCACGCAGUUGUGUGGUGCUGACUGAGUCACUCACACUA